GGAGAUGGAAAUGUAGAUCACCAGUGUUGGGAACGACCUGAAGAUAUGGAUACUCCUCGAACACUAUACAAGAUCACUUCCAAUUCUCCAGGAUCCGAGGUUGCAGCUGAAGUAGCAGCUGCUUUUGCCUCAGCAUCAAUUGUUUUCCGGAAAAUAGAUUCCAACUAUUCUACCAAAUUGUUACGAAGAUCAAAAUCUCUAUUUGCGUUUGCUGACAAGUAUAGAGGAUCUUAUCAAGCUUCUUGCCCUUUCUACUGCUCUUACUCAGGUUAUCAGGAUGAAUUGCUGUGGGCUGCUGCUUGGCUAUACAAGGCAGGUGGAGGAAAUAACUAUUUAAACUAUGCUUCAAGCAAUCAAGGCUGGAGUCAGGUUGCCUCUGAAUUUAGUUGGGAUAACAAAUUUGCUGGAGCUCAAACUUUACUAGCUAAGGAAUUCCUCAAUGGGAAAAGCAAUCUGGAAAAGUUCAAGAAAGAUGCUGAUGCAUUUAUUUGUGCAUUGAUGCCAGGGAGUACCUCUAUACAGAUUAAGACAACCCCUGGUGGACUUUUAUAUACUAGAGACAGUAGCAAUUUGCAAUAUGUUACUGGUGCUACCAUGGUACUUUUUAUGUACUCUAAAGUCCUUGAAACAGCUGGAAAAGGGGGAGUUACAUGUGGUUCGGUUACUUUUUCCACCUCCAAUAUCAAAGCCUUUGCAAAAUCACAGGUAGACUACAUACUUGGUAACAAUCCACUCAAGAUGUCAAAUAUGGUUGGUUUUGGGAGCAAAUACCCAACACAGCUCCACCACAGAGCUUCAUCUAUCCCUUCAAUUUAUAACCAUCCAUCUAGGGUGGGAUGCAACGAUGGCUAUAGCUCAUGGUAUAAUUCUAACAAUCCCAAUCCAAAUAUACAUGUCGGCGCAAUCGUCGGCGGGCCAAAUUCCGGCGACCAGUUUGUUGAUUCGAGAUCAGAUUACUCUCAUUCUGAACCCACGACGUAUAUGAAUGCAGCUUUUGUAGGAUCUGUGGCUGCUUUGAUAAGUCAAGGCAGUGAAGUAGAGCAGUCUUUGCAAAUGCCGGAACUUAACAAAACAACAUUAUAUGAUAGACAAAGCACCAAGAAUAUUUCAUACUAAAGAAUUAUGCUCCAAUCAUAUAAAAUGUGUACAUAUUUUAUUAUAUUACCGUAUUUGUUA